AUGAUAAAGAUGGCAACAAUAAUUGAAGGAGAAGAAUUAAUAAAAAAUGAUGAAGUUAAGGAAAUGUUGAAGGAACAUAUAAAAAAAAAUAAUUUAAUUGGGUUUCCAACAGAAACAGUAUAUGGAUUAGGAGGGAAUUCAUUAAGUGAAAUUUCUUUAAAAAAUAUAUUUAAAAUGAAAAAUCGACCAGUUAGUGAUCCUAUAAUAUCACAUGUAUAUGAUAUAGCACAAGCAUUUGAUCAAUUAUAUCAUAUAAAUAUAUAUGAAAAAUAUAUUAUAUAUAUAUUAAAUAGUAAUUUUUCUCCUGGUCCAUUAUCAAUUAUAGCAAAAGCAAAGGAAUGUUUGCCAUUAAUUUUAACAGCGCAUACCCAAUUUUGUGCUGUAAGAAUACCAAAUAAUAAAAUAGCGAGGGAAAUUAUAAAAAUAUGUAAUAUACCAAUAGCUGCACCAUCCGCUAACAAAUUUCAACACAUUAGUCCAACGAACUCUUUACAUGUUUAUGAAGAAUUUAAAGAUGAAAAUAUUUUAAUUUUUGAUAAUGGGCAAUGUGAUAUAGGAAUUGAGUCUACUGUAAUAAAAAUAAUAAAGUAUAAAAAACAGAAAGAAAAAAAUAUAAGUAAUUAUAAUCAUAAUGAAAAUACAAAUUGUGAUGAAUAUAAUAGUGACAAUGAAAUAAUAAUAGAUGAAGAAUAUGAAAAGGAAUGUAAUACCGAAAUAAACAAUUUAAAAUGUAUAUUAAAUUGUAAUAAUGAUGUUUCAGAUUUUGAAGUUUUUGAAAAAUUAAAAGAAGUAUUUGAAAUGAUUAAAACAGGGAAUAUAUUAAAAGAAUCAGAUGAAAAUAUGAAAAUAAUGAAAAAUAAAAUAACUGCAAAUAUUUUGAAAUAUAAAAAUUUAUAUAAUUAUGAGAUAAAAAUAUAUCGACGUGGGAAAUAUACAAAAGAUGACUUAAAAGAGGUAUUGAAUAAUACUUCACUUUUAAACGACAUAAGAGUAAGUAUAUAUAAAAAAAUAGAAUUUGAAAAGCUGAAUAUUCUGAAAAAUAAAGCCAACAAUGAAUGUGGUCACUCAAUUAAUAGUAACAGAAUGGAUAUUGCUAGAAAUGAAAACGAUAAUAUCGAUUUAUCUAAUAAUAUAGCCAACAAUGAGUCAUCAAUGAAAAGUGAAGUUAGCCCUGGAACACUCCUUACACAUUACAGUCCAGUUGUUUCAACAUAUUUAAUAGACAUAAUUAAAAAUAAAGAUGAAAUAAUAAGUAAUAGUUAUAAUAGUAAAUUAUUAAAUAUAGAUUUGAAUAAAUGUGUAUUUUUAGAUAUAGGUAAUUCAUUUUUUGAGUAUGAAAAAAAUUUUUUAAAAUAUUUAAAUAUAUCUUAUGAUAAUUUGGAAGUAAAUGAGCAAAUAAAAUAUGUAACAAAAAACUUUUUUUUAUUUUUACGUAAAGCAGAAAAUUUGGCUAUAAAUAAUCAAGCCGAAUAUAUAUUUAUUUCAAUUGUUAAUUUAAAAUCAUUGGAUGAGCUUACUUUGUCCAUCUUUGACAGAAUUUUUAGAUCAGCUUCAGGAAAGCUUUUUAAAGUCUUUAUUAAUCAAUAUAAGCAAUUAGAAUUUUUUAAUAAUUAA